UAUUAUUAUUAAUACCGAGGGCGCCACCUUGGCACGAUAAACAUCAACUCCGUUAAAAUAACAAAAAUAAAAUCUAAUAAGUGACUUUUGACCAAUACUUUAUAAAAGUGUAUAAAUACAUAGUGCUUAGUGAACUGGUGAAGAUAAAGUACAGUGGAAACACUAGCAUAAAACUCGUAAAAACUUUAUCCAAACGUAGUGCAAACCACAUACUAAACUUUGAACUUUACGGUUUUCUGAGUGCUUUUUGCGUUUUUUUAAGACCCAGCAUCCCAAGCCGGAAUACUUUCAUGUGUGCAAUAGUGAAAAUAACAGAUCGAAGUGAAGAAUAUAAGGAGUGCAAAUUAUCAUAACCUAAAUCGUUGAUUUGCAAAUCAUCCUCCACCAAAAUAGCGCACUAAUUGCCUACAUAACGCCAUCUAUUAGAACAAGGGCACACUAUUACGCCACAACCAUUGUGACACAAACAUCGAUAUCUAGAGGCGAUCCACGGCUAUCAAUAUCAAUGAACCAACUAAGUAAUACACAAGCGCACCACUAGAGGGCACCACCUGUACUAAAAAUCUACACUAUCAAGGAGCUAACUAAGUAUUACACAGGCGCACCGCGAGAGGACAUCACCUGUACCAAAACAAACCAUAAUGAUGGAAGAAGUUUUAAACACGCUAAAAUCAAUAAAAAUAGAGCUAGACGAACAAAGAAUUGAAAUUAGAGAAACUGGAAAAAAUGUUACGGAUCAUGUCACACAGAAUAUUAGCAGUAUUUUCGAGGAGAAAUUUUUGGCCUGGGAAGGAAAACUUAGAGAAAUGAAAGACAUAGUGGAAAGUCAAGGAAAACAAAUCUACUAUCUGGAAAAACAAGCAAGAGUAAGAAAUUUGGUCUUUUUCGGUAUCGAGGAAAACGAAACAUCAUAUGAAAGUUUGGAAAGGAACAUAAUUAAAUGGAUUGAACAAUAUUUGUCUACUAAACUUACCUACAACGACAUCCAAGAGGUAAAAAGACUUGGAAAGAAAGGAGAGAGACCACGCCCAACUGUAGUAACUUUCACAACCCUAGGAAUAAAAAUUAGAAUAUUUAAACAAAAAGGAGCGUUGAAGGACACUCAGUACUACAUAAAAGAAGAUUACCCUAAACAUAUACUUGAAAAAAGAAAGGAACUGCAGGAGCAACUGAAAGUAGAGAGAGAAAAAGGAAAUACAGCUAUACUCAAGUAUGAUAAACUGAUUGUUUUGAAACACCAAAGUAAAAGAAAAUUCCCUUCAUCACCAGACACCAUCACGCCUACUAAACCGGACAAGCAUAUUCAAGCUAGUAAAAAAAAUAAGACACAACAGUCUAGCAAAACAGUCACUAGGUCAAACAGUAUUUCAGAAGGAGUCAUAAAACCUAGCAUGCUCAACUACUUAGUCAAUAACAAUGUUAAACCUAACCAAAAUAACAACAACAAAGAAAGUAAAAGUGAGAACAUGUAGCAAUUACGCCCCUCCUACCACACAGAUGCCAAAAUUGAACAAAUAAACAAACAGAAACAUAGGAAAAACAAUCUUCCAAUCCGGUUGGUCACCGUGGAAGAAUAUGACCAAAACCCUCCAAUGAAUACACGAACAGAGAAAAAUAAUACCCAACAGGAUUACCAACUAAAGAUAGCAACAUACAACGUCCGUACUCUUUCAUCGUAUGAUCGCUUGCUCGAACUUGAAGAGGCUAUAAGAAAUAUAAAAUAUGAUAUAAUUGGAAUAUCGGAAAUGAGAAGACACGGAAACAAAAUAGAAGAAUACAAUAACUUUAUAAUGUGCUACAUAGGACAAACCCCUGGCAAAUACGGGGUCGGUUUUAUAAUAAAUAAGUCCCUCAAAAAUAACAUAAUAAGUUUCAAUGGUAUAACAGAGCGAGUCGCAACACUACAUAUAAAUUUGCAGGGUCACAAAAUAUCCCUCAUACAAGUUUACGCACCAACGGAAUCAGCAAGCGAAUUUGAUAUUGAUGAAUUUUACAAUACAAUCGAGAAAGUCGUGUAUACAUCACACAAAACUACAAUAAUAAUGGGAGAUUUUAACGCUAAGAUUGGAACUCCCAAAGCAGAAGAAUAUUUAAUUACAAAACAGCAUGGAUAUGGCGAAAGAAACGAAAGGGGACAGAGACUGGUAGACUUUGCGCUCCAACAUAAACUCACUAUAAUAAACACAUGUUUUAAGAAAAACCCAAAGCAAAGAUGGACCUGGCGAUCCCCUAACGGACAAUACAAAAACGAAAUCGAUUAUAUUCUGUCAAACCAACCUGAAAUAUUCCAAAA